UCCGUCGGAUCUGUGGUGUGAGAUGUGAGACGAGCCGCGGCGCCGAUUCUCCGCCGCCUGAAGGACGUCGGCAGCAGCGGAGAGGUCAAAGGUCAGAGGUCACCCACCCAGGCCGGAUCCGGGAGUCGGGAUCGGCUCGCCCAUGACUUUGUCCCCGAGCCGUGACUCGACCCCCCCGGCCUCGCAGUGACAGUUCCGGUGAGAUGGGCCUGAACGACAGCAGCCCCGGCGCCGUGCGCAACGGCCGCGGCCUGUCGGAGCAGUGGGCCGAGGCGGCGGCGGCGGCGGCGCGGCCGCGCACCACCGAGCGCCACGUGACGGUGCACAAGCGGCUGGUGCUGGGCUUCGCCCUGUCCGUGCUCACGCUCAUCGUGGUAACGGCGGUGGCCGUGGCGCUGGGCGUGCGCUUCGAGGAGUGCAGCAGCGGCGGCGGCGGCGGCGGGCGGGAGCGCGGCGGCGAGGCGGGCUCCCGCGGCUCGGCCCGGCUGAACGGGAGCCGGGGGGAGCGCGGGGACGAGGAGGCGGGGGCGGCGGCGGCGGCGCAGCCCUGGAGGAACUCCCGGCUGCCCGGGACGCUGCGGCCGCGGCACUACGACCUGCGGCUCGCCGUCCACAUGGACAACUUCACCUUCUCCGGGGACGUCAGCCUGGAGCUGGAGUGCCUGAACGCCACGCGCUUCAUCGUGCUGCACGCCGACCGCCUGGAGGUGGACCGGGUGUCCGUCACGGCCGAGGGCGGCGUCGGGCGUCCGGCCAACAAGCCAGGAGGCGGAGUCAUGCGGGUGCACCGCCACUUCCCGUUCCCGGCCAAUCAGAUGUACGUGGUGGUUCUGCACCGCGAGCUGAAGCCCAUGAGGCUGUACCGCCUCAACGUCAGCUUCGAGGCCGCCAUCGAGGACGAGCUGCUGGGCUUCUUCAGGAGCUCCUACACACUGCAGCGGGAGAGACGGUACCUGGCGGUGACCCAGUUCAGUCCCAUCCACGCCCGGAAGGCCUUCCCCUGCUUCGACGAGCCCGUCUACAAGGCCACCUUCUCGCUGACGCUGCGCCACGACCCGCAGUACACGUCGCUGUCCAACAUGCCAGUGGAGAGCGCCGCGCCGCCUGACGAGGACGGCUGGAUCACCAACCGCUUCGCCCGCACGCCGCGCAUGUCCACCUACUACCUGGCCUGGGCCGUGUGCAACUUCACGUACCGGGAGACGCAGACGGACAGCGGCGUGGCGAUCCGACUGUACGCCCGGCCGGACGCCAUCUCCAGCGGCGCCGGCGACUACGCCCUGCACAUCACCAAGAGGCUGCUGGGAUUUUAUCAGGACUACUUCAAAGUCCAGUAUUCACUGCCUAAGCUAGACCUGCUGGCCGUCCCCAAACACCCGUACGCCGCCAUGGAGAACUGGGGCCUCAGCGUCUUCGUGGAGCAGAAGAUCCUGCUGGACGCCGACGUGUCGUCGUCCUCCUACCAGAUGGAGCUGACCAUGGUGGUCGUCCACGAGAUCUGUCACCAGUGGUUCGGGGAUCUGGUGACUCCGGUGUGGUGGGAGGACGUCUGGCUCAAAGAGGGCUUCGCUCAUUACUUCGAGUACGUGGGAACCGACUUCCUCUUCCCAAAGUGGAACAUGGAGAAGCAGCGCUUCCUGACCGACGUCCUCCACGAGGUGAUGCUAUUGGACGGCCUCAGCUCCUCCCACCCCAUCUCCCAGGAGGUGGAGCAGGCCACGGACAUCGACCGGGUCUUCGACUGGAUCGCCUACAAGAAGGGGGCGGCGCUGAUCCGGAUGCUGGCCAACGUGAUGGGCCAGCCGCUGUUCCAGAAGGGGCUCAACGACUACCUGCUGAGCCACAUGUACGGCAACGCCGCCCGGGACGACCUGUGGAGGAAGCUGUCCCAGGCCAUGCGCUCCGAGGGGCGGGACAUCGACAUCGGGGAGAUGAUGGACAGGUGGACCCUGCAGAUGGGCUACCCCGUCCUCACCGUCAGCAGGAACCAAUCAGAGCAGCUGCCCACGCAUUACAUCACCGUCAGCCAGGAGCACUUCCUGUACGGAGAGGACGAGCGCAAGAACAACAGUUUACAGUGGCAGGUGCCGCUGACGGUGGCGGUGGGAAACUCCUCAGCGGUGUGUUCAGAGAGCCUCCUGUGGAUCAACAACAAGACAGAAAUCCACCGCGUGGGUCAGAUGGACGACGGCUCCUGGCUGAUCGGGAACAUCAACCAGACGGGAUAUUUCCGCGUCAACUACGACCUGCAGAACUGGAAGCUGCUGAUCCAGCAGCUUCACACCAACCCCCAGAUCAUCUCAGUGGGGAACCGAGCCGGACUCAUCGACGACGCCUUCAACCUGGCCAGGGCGGGGUACCUCCCCCAGGGCGUCCCCCUGCAGCUGAUUGGCUACCUGCCGGAGGAGCCGUCCUUCCUGCCGUGGCACGCCGCCAGCCGGGCGCUGUACCAGCUGGACAAGCUGCUGGACCGCACCGACGACUACCGGCUGUUCAGCGACUACGUGCUGAAGCAGGUGGCGGCUCGCUACCAUCAGAUGGGCUGGCCGACCAACGGGCCCGGCGUGGAGGGAAACGUCCUGCAGGCGUCCUACCAGACCGAGGAGCUGCAGCGGGAGCUCAUCAUGCUAGCGUGUAGCUUCGGGAACAAACAGUGCCACCGACAGGCCGUCGCCUACAUCUCCGACUGGAUCUCCAGCAACAAGAACAGGAUCCCCCCCAACAUCCGGGACAUCGUGUACUGCACCGGGGUCAGCCUGAUGGACGAGGACGUCUGGGAGUUCAUCUGGAUGAAGUUCCACUCGUCCAACGCCGUGUCGGAGAAGAAGAUCCUGCUGGAGGCCCUGACCUGCUCCGACAACACCUUCCUGCUCAACAGGCUCCUCAACCUGUCCCUGACCUCUGACCUGGUCCCGGAGCAGGACGUGAUCGACGUCAUCAUCCACGUGGGGAGGAACCCUCAGGGCCGGAACCUGGCCUGGAGGUACUUCAGGGAGAAGUGGGACGUCCUGAACGCCCGGUACGGCGAGGCGCUCUUCAUGAACUCCAGACUGAUCGGCGGAGUCACGGAGUUCCUGAACACGGAGCGAGAACUGAACGAGCUGAAGGACUUCAUCCAGUCCAGCGGCGUGGGGGCGGGGCCGGCGCUGCCGCGGGCGCUGGAGAUCGUGGAGGGCAACGUGCGCUGGCACCGCCUCCACCGGCGGCAGUUCUACCAGUGGCUCCGCAAGCCGCCGGGCGCCAACGCCGGCUAGCGCCGCGGCGGGGCCACUAAGCUAGCGGGACCGCUAAGCUAGCGCGGAUCGCUAGCUUCACGGACGCAGAAUGAAAGACAAACCGAGGAGGAGGAGGAGGACUGGCCCCGCCCCUUCAGCCUCCCGAUGGCUUCUGUUUUCAGAGAGACUCAUUCUUCAGACCUGGAUGUUUCUUCGCUGUGCGGCGGCGGCGGCUAACCUGGUCUCUGUGCUGUGAAAAGCGGGGCUAAAUCCUCCCGUUAGCUAAUCAUCAGUCCCUUCCUGGUUGUUUCCAUGGUAACACCUUCACCCGGCUGAACCUGACAUUGAUUGGUGAAGGUCGGCCAAUCAAAGCUAACGUUAGCCACAUGCUGUUGUUACGCUAGUUGCUAAAUCCCAAACUUCACCACUUUAAAAAAAGAAAAAAAAUAUCUUCCACCUACCAAGUUUUCCCUUUUCGGUCUCAAUAUAGUGAGAAAAAGAAAAAUAAUAGUUUUAUUAAAAAAACUACACACAACUUGCAACAGUGGAGGAUGAAUAAUAGAAUGAUGCGUUCAUGAGCAGCUUGGAAAUCGUAACGUUCUGAAGUUCAACUGGGGAUUAAGAACAUUUAGGAGGAUUUCAGGCGCUAAAUAUGACGUCCGAACAUCCAAAUGCUGAAUUUCUUCAGAAUGUAUGAAUAAGGUGAAACUUGCCAAACCUCGUUAGCCUAGCAUACAUAGCUAGCUAGCUACCCAAAACAUUUCUAUAUGUGUAGAAGUAAAGUUUAAAGUUCUGAUCAACUUUACGAGCAUCAAUAAUACAAACGUGACUCAUCCUUCCAUAAAUCGGAAAACAGGAGGCAAACUGGUAACUUUACCAGUUCCCAUGACCCUGAACGCACCACAGUGACCCUGAACGCACCACGAUGAGAGAUGAUUCUCUGAGUCUCUGCGGCUGACGGUCAUUCUAAGUGUCCUCACAAGUCACUCAGUUCAGGAUUUUCAGAUUUGACUUUGCGGAAUGAAUCACAGUAGAGUAUAAAACUACCAUUAAGAUACUUUUUGAACUAAGUUUUCUAUUUUAAAAGAAAAAAAUGCGACAUUUAUUGCUUAAAAACAAUCUCUAAAUAUAGAAACAUUGAUGGAAGGUCCAUGAUAGCGUAGAUCGGAAAAAAAACCCUAAAAUUAAAAAAGAUGGUUCUUUGCAGAAAAUGACGUUUUGCAGGAACACAGAUCUGCAGGUAAACACUUUCAUUUACACUGAUCUAUUUUCCUAAAACUAAAAUGCCCCCCCGCCCCCAUGUUGCCCCAGUGAGGGACUCUUCAGUAGUUUGUAUCUCAUUUUGUCGACGACCCUCCGUCGUUCCGCGGAGCACAGGACCAGGACGGAGAAGGUUUCAGCCUCGUCAGCCGCCGCAGAACAGUGGAACGCUGACGAACUGGACGCAAAGACAGACGCCGGAUUCUGAAAAUCCAUCCGAGUCCGGAUGAAUGUUGGAUUCUAGGAGGAACAUUCUGGGAUUUUUAUGAUUUUUGUUUAUUUGCACAGAGGAAUUCGGUCACAUCGAGGGUUUUAGCGGUGGAAAGACAAACUCUUCAUGAGGAGGCGGAGUUUCGAAGAGGAUUUCCACGGCGGCGCCAAAACAAGGAAGGAUUGUUGGAGAACUCUGGAAAAUGACCUUUAAAAAAAAAAAAAAAAAAAAA